AUGAGCACUCCCCAAACAUACAAGCCGUCUGAAGGCAAACGAGAGGAAUUCCGCAAAUACCUCGAAAAAGCCGGUAUCAUGGAUGCUCUAACUAAGGUUCUAGUCAACCUUUACGAAGAAGUCGAUAAACCCGAAGACGCUUUAAAUUACAUUAUCGAGAAGUUGUCUUUGCAAGCCGGCUUGGAGACGCACAAGCAGCUGACUGCCAAAUUGGACGAGGCCAACUCGAGCAUCAAGCAACUGCAAGACGAGAUCGAGGUGCUUAAAGCGGCAGCUGCCGAAAACGAAGACCCUGAAACGAAGUCCGUCCAUUCAGUGGCCAAGUCGGAGGCAGCGGAGUCUCCGGCCGGAGAGGAGCAGCCUGUGCAGUAA